UCCAGGAGACCGAAGCCCCUCAGCCUGAGCUGGGGAGUCUGGAGGCAGAGCCCCCAAGGAAGCUGGGGCCUAGGCUCAGAUGCCAGGUCACAGGCCCAGGUUGGGCAAGAACAAAGAAUGCACGGCCCUCUGAUCCCGUUGGAGACACCAACAAUUCCAGGAAUUCAGAGGCAGGCGUGACAGGGUGAGGGACAGAGGGGAACCCUGAAGCUGUACCCAGGCCCUCCAGGCUCCCCUCCCAGACCAUGCAAGCGAGGUGACCAGCCUGUGGAGGUGAGGGGGACAGACCUGGAGACUCCCCUCCCCGGGAAGGAAAGCAGAGGCAACCCAUCCCCCUGCUUCCACCCCCACACAUCCCCCGGUUCCAAAUCCACUUCCACCUCUGUUUAAGUCCAAAGUCCCUGGCACUGGAGAUGCCAGGUUCGGCACACUAGGGACACAGACAAGCAGCCACGCGUAAGCACAGGGCUCAGGGCCCUUGUAUGGACCCUCUCCCACUGUCCGGGGCUGUCUGCACACCCCCGUUCUCCAGGCUUCAGCUUCCUUCUUAGCCUGGGAUCUGCACAGCAUCGAGGGAUCCAGGAGUCACCCUCGAGACCACCACCUUGACUUAGUCCGGGGUCCAGCCAGCCCCACCAUGACCAAGGAGUAUCAGGAUCUUCAGCACCUGGACAACGAGGAGAAUGACCAUCAGGUCAGACGAGGGCCGCCUCCUCCCCGACCACUCUUCCAACGGCUCUGCUCCGGCCCCCGCCUCCUCCUGCUCUCCCUGGGCCUCAGCCUCCUGCUGCUGGUGGUUGUCUGUGUGAUCGGAUCCCAGAACUCCACGCUGAAGGAGGAGCUGCGGGCCCUGAGAGAGACGUUCAGCAACUUCACCGUGAGCACAGAGGCCGAGGUCAAGGACCUGCGCAACCAGGGAGGAGGUGUGGGCAGGAAGAUGAAGUCCUUGGAGUCCCAACUGGAGAAACAGCAGCAGGAGCUGAGUCAAGAUCACUCCAGCUUGCUGCUCCAUGUGAAGACCUUUGUGUCUGACAUACGAAGCCUGAGCUGCCAGCUGGCCAUCCUCCAGGGCAAUGGCUCUGAGAAGAACUGCUGCCCUGUUAACUGGGUGGAGCAUGAAGGCAGCUGCUAUUGGUUCUCUCGGACUGCGAAGCCCUGGCCGGAGGCUGAGAAGUACUGCCAGCUGGAGAACGGGCACCUGGUGGUGGUCGGCUCCUGGGAGGAGCAGAGAUUUGUCCAGCACCACAUGGGUCCUGUGAACACCUGGAUGGGGCUCACUGACCAAGAUGGGCCCUGGAGAUGGAUAGACGGGUCGGACUACGAGAAGGGCUUCCAGAACUGGAGGCCAGAUCAGCCGGACGACUGGACCGGGCACGGGCUUGGGGGAGGCGAGGACUGUGCCCACCUCACAGAUGAUGGCCGCUGGAAUGACGACGUCUGCCGGAGGCCCUACCGCUGGGUCUGCGAGGCAGAGCUGGGCAGGCCCACCCAGGAGCCUCUGCUCCCCUAAUUUAUUUCCUCGAUGCCUUCACCUGUUGAAGGCUCCUCACUUUGGGAUCCUCCUACCUGGGGCCUCCUGCACAUUCUUGGGGCUUUUCAUCUGGGCUGUAGGGGAGGGGAGAGGAUGGCGGCCGAGGGCUGCAGAGGAUGUUCGGAAGGGCGGGGGAUUGAGAGCUAUGCCACUCUCUACGGUUUGCAAGUUAUUGUCAACUUUUUUUUUUUGAGUAAAAAGAGAAAUAUACGAAACAGUCUGAGUUGACUAAUUAUGAGGGAUUAACAGUGGGGAAUGGGCUUGGCCAGUGUGGCUCAGUGGUUGAGUGUCGACCUAUGAACCAGUAGGUCAGGGCUCGAAUCCCGUGCAGGAGGCAGCCGAUCAAUGAUUCUCUCUCAUCAUUGAUGUUCCUACCUCUCUAUUCCUCACCCUUCCUCUCUCUCUAAAGAAAAUCAAUAAACAAAGAAAAGAAAAAAAGAAAAGAAUGGGGAAUGGACGUUGGCACGGGGAAGCCUUGGGCAGGUAAUGGGUUAGCGUGGGAACGGUAUGGCUUUGGGCCGGAGGGAGGGAUUCGCUGUUUACAGGCGUGUGAUUUAGGGCAAGUUACUCUGCUCUCCGAGUCUCAGCUGGAACACGGUGUUGUGCUGGGACCAUCCUUCCAGCAACACGCCCCCCCCCCUCCUGCCCCCCAGUGUUAGGUAGGAGAGAGCCCAGGAUGGAUACAUGCAGACGCGUGAUGAGAUAAUGGACUUCCCCUGG